CUAGCUGUCCAACAUGAUAAUGUUAUAUUUUUAACAGAACUACUGAAAUUCGACAAUCAGGGGUCCGAUCCCGUCACUGCAAUUUCGCACCAACUACAGGAAGCCGAAGCACCUCUGAUCUUAACUCUAUCGGCGGCGCAUGGUCGGAUGAGGCGGAGUGCGGUGAAAUCGUUGAACCAAACCCUAGGUAAUCAACAUAUUUUUCCUGCCACGUUUUCAUGCGCCGGCCAAAUGCGCGGCUCCAGGCAUCUCGCCGAAACCCUCCUACCGAAAUGCUCUCGCAGGGAAGUCCUCCACCUUGCCCUAACAGAUACGAGUGCACUUUCUGCCGCAGCAACCUAGCUACCGCUGCCACCUUCUUUGCGGCAGCGUCGGGUCUUUGUCUUUUCUAUUUCCUGUCCUCCUUAUCUUCUUCGCAUAGAUUCGGUGUCAUUAUUGAUGGCGGAAGCACUGGUACGCGUAUUCACUUGUUUGGGUACAGAAUCGGUUGGGGAGGGUUGCCAGCGAUCGAUCUUGGUCUGACCGCUUCGAUGAAGGUGGUUCCGGGGCUUUCCGCUUUUGUUGACAAUCCAGAGACGGCCGCGGAAUCGUUGAAGGAGUUGUUGGAUUUCGUAAAGGAUAGAGUGCCAAAGGAUCGGUGGGGGGUGACGGAAGUCAGGUUGAUGGCCACCGGAGGCUUGCGGUUGCUUGAUGGUGGUCUGGCUGAGGGGAUCUUAAAUUCUUGCAGGAGCGCUCUCAGGUCAUCGGGAUUCAAGUUUCAAGACGAUUGGGCAACCGUGAUCUCAGGGGCUAAUGAGGGUCUUUAUGCUUGGAUUGCUGCUAAUUAUGCUCUUGGUACUCUAGGGAAAGCAGCUCAGGAAACCAUUGGGAUAGUUGAACUUGGCGGUGCUUCUGCUCAGAUCACAUUUGUUCCUAGUGAACCGAUGCCUGCAGAGUUCUCUCUUGUGAUUAAAUUUGGACAGUUCACAUAUAAUCUCUACAGCCACAGCUUUCUUCAUCUUGGUCAGAACAUGGCGUAUGAAUAUUUGCACCGACUGCUUAGUUCAAGAGACUUUAAAGCAUCUGCAGAAGCUCUCCUUGAGGGUGUAUAUAUUGAUCCUUGUACCCCGAAAGGAUAUCUAUAUAAUUUGGAGCAGCUAAAGGUCUCUGCUGAUGCACUCAAUGCUAAAAUAGAUUAUGAUAGACUUCCUCAUGCAUUUGGCAACUUCUCUGAAUGUCGGUCGGCUGCAUUGAUGCUAUUACGGAAGGAAAAAGACAGAUGCUCAUAUAAGAACUGUCACAUUGGUUCAACUUUUGUUCCAAAGCUGCAAGGGAAGUUCAUAGCAACAGAGAAUUUCUUCCAUACAUCAAAGUUCUUUGGAUUGGGUCCUUCAUCAUUUAUUGCUGAUUUGAUGUUGGCUGGGGAAAAAUUCUGUGAAGAAGAUUGGUCAGAAUUGAGGAGAAAGUAUAGUGAUCUAGAGGAAGAGGAUUUGUUGCGGUAUUGUUUCUCUUCAGCAUAUAUUGUGGCCCUACUACAUGACAGUCUUGGCAUUGCCAUGAAUGACAGCAGGGUUGUGUUUGCAAACCAGGUGGGGCAAGUUCCACUAGACUGGCCGUUGGGAGCUUUCAUCAUGCAGAUAACAGCUGAAGGUGGAAGCCAUUCAGACGGGAUUACUGUUAUUAUAAAGGCCAUCCUGCCACGAUUACUUUCUGUUUUAACGUUCUUCUCCAUUCUUGCAUUCAUAGGAUUAUCCAUAUUGAAAUGGUGGAAACCUGUGCUCAAACUUAAAAACAAAAUUUGAUAUGGAGAAAAGGAGGUGUUUCAAAUCAUCCAUCAAUUGAUGAUAUUUCUCAACUAUCUCACUAAAUUUUUAUUGUAAUCCCAACACCUUAUGCUCCCAUAUAAUAUUCAGUAUAGAUCUUUGCUAAA